AUGCCGGGAGUCAGAGUGCCCGGUGCACCGACACCAUUGCCUUUUAACCAGACCUUGGGAGAGACCAUUCCCCCUGACACUCCACAUGCUGUCAGCGUAUCACUCCCGACAUGGCUGUCCAAUGUUGGCUACGAGGAAGGCGAGGACUGGGUCGUGCAGAAGAUGCAAUGCGGUUAUCCCAGGUUCUUUAUCCACAAGCUGAUCCAAAAGCUAGCCGCGAGCAUCGUAGCUGCACAUGGCUCAUCGGAUACUGAGCAGGCCAUGCUCAUGCCAUCUCCCAGAUGUGCUGCCCGCUGCAAAGAAUUUAUAUCAAGUCAAAUCCCAAAGACUGACCCGUCGACUAUUCGCCACUUGGACUUUGUGCCCGACCCAUCGAAGAUAGCCACACAAGAGCCUGGCCGUGUUCUUCCCAAAGUGUCCGCUGUCAUCUAUCCCAAAGAGAGCUGGCCAGCGGCGAAGGUCUUUUGGCAGCAUACUGGCGAAGGCAUCUCCAGUCGACGGGCUGAGUUCUGCCAGAGGGCUUUUGACGAAAACCUUCUGGUAGAGAAGAGCUCACUCACGCCACCACAGACUCCUCGGUUGACGAAAGGGCCAAAGCGAUACCAGCGUCAGACGUCGGUUGACCUUGGCCUCACGAAUGGCCAUGCCAAAGCUCCAAAUGGAAGUGAAGCGGCUACGAAUGGAGACAAUGUUCUUGACUCGGAGCAAUUCAUUGAAGAACGAUUUGGACGCAACCUGAAUGCCAAGUUCGCCGCGCAAGCGAAGCUCGCCAUUCGCAAGCGUAUCGCAGGCUCGCUGACCACCAACACGGAUCUGCCACAGUCGUUGGAGGAGCCGGUGGACCGUAAUCGAGAGCGGACACGAGACGUGCCAGAGUUUACCGUGGAUGAUGUGUACCUCUUCGGCACGGGUAUGAACGCCAUCUUCACCUCACAUCGAGCUUUGAGGCUGGCGCGAGGUGAGAUGAAGAGCGUUAUGUAUGGCUUCCCCUACGUCGACACGCUCAAGGUUUUGGAGAAAUUUGGGCCUGGAGCUGUCUUUUACGGACAUGGCAAUUCCGACGAUAUUGACGACCUCGAGCGACGGCUGGAAUCAGGAGAGCGCUUUCUCUCACUGUACUGCGAAUUCCCUGGUAAUCCGCUUCUGAAGACCCCCGACCUCAAGCGUUUGCGUACACUGGCGGACAAGUACCAAUUUGCGAUUGUCAUCGACGAAACAAUUGGCAACUUCUUGAACGUCCACGUCCUUCCUCACGCAGACAUUGUCGUGAGCAGCCUUACCAAGAUCUUCAGCGGUGAUAGCAACGUCAUGGGAGGCGCCAUGAUCCUGAAUCCUCGAUCCAAAUGGUACAGCAAUCUGAAGCAGGUGCUGGCGGAGGAGUAUGAAGACAAUCAAUUUGAAGAAGACAGCGUGUACCUCGAACGCAACAGCCGAGACUUUGUGGAUCGUAUUCAGCGAGUCAAUCACAAUGCAGAGGCGAUUGUGGAUGUCUUGCGAAACCACAACAGGGUCAAGCAAGUCAAUUACCCCAAGUACAGUCCAACGAAGGAGUUCUACGACGCUUGCCGGCUGCCAGAAGGUGGAUAUGGAGGGCUUCUGAGUGCGACGUUCCAUUCUGUCGAAGACGCUGCUAUCUUCUAUGACAGUCUCGACACACAAAAGGGUCCAAGCCUGGGCACGAACUUUACACUGAGUUCGCCGUUCGUGCUGCUGGCUCACUAUGCAGAGCUCGAUUGGGCGGCGGAGUUUGGCUGCGAGGCGAGCCUGGUGCGGUUCAGUGUCGGGUUGGAAGAGACUGCCACGUUGGUGAAAGUCUUCCAGACGGCACUGGAUGCUAUACCCAGCAAGUAG